ACAAUAGGCAGGGUGAUACACAAAAGCAUUCAGUAAGCCCACACAGGCUAGCAUAAAAGCAGUGAUCAGCGAAGCUUCAAGUCCACUUUUCUUCUAACUUCCCUAGGAUUACCUACACAAGCCUUUGGAGGAAAAAAACAGCUAUUCUGAAAUUAAGUUGGACAAGAUAUCAAUCAUUGCCAUUGGACGGUGAACUUAAGCACCAAGCAUGGCGAUAAAUGUACAAUUGCUGUUGUUACUUGGUCUCGUUUUUAUGUCAACUUUUUGCAUUGUGAAGUCAUGUACUUGUUUACCAGCCCAUCCACAGGAUCAUUUUUGCAAAUCUAAUUUUGUUAUCAGAGCAAGGGUAGUACCAAAGCACUCAACAAAAGUUGGGCAUUCAAUCUUCACAAAAAGACAUAAAAACGAUGUUGUGUUGCCAACAUUGAGUGGUUUGGACAAGCCCUGUGAUGAACCAUUUAAACACUGGAAGAUCCGCAUUAAGAAAGUCUAUAAAGGAGAGGAGUUUAUUGCCACCGGCGCUGAGGUUAGCAUUUACACGUCCAUUUUCGACUCCCUCUGCGGUGUUACGACAUUAGAAGAAGGCGAGGAUUAUUUAUUUAUGGGUAUGCUUCAGGAAGGUCAACUUCGCUUCACAACUUGUAACUGGCAUGCCAAAUGGAGCACAAUCACAAAGAAAAUGCGAAAAGGACUUCGUUAUCAGUACAAAAGCAACUGUAAUUGCCAGAUUUCAACUUGUGGAUUAUUUGAUAAAUGCAGCAAAUGUUUACACACAAAAAAAGCCGAUGGCGCGUGCGUAUGGGAUGCGUGGGAAGGCGACUGUGAAAGCAAAUACUCAACCUGUAUCAUUCAUGAUGACGGAAGAUGCGCAUGGCACCGAUCACCAGAACUCAGUAGGUGUCGGAAGAGCAUUGAGAAGAAGGCUAAAUAGCAGCAUUGCAGGGCUUAAUGUGUCAACCUUUAUUUUACAAUCCCUAACUUAUUUAGCAAGCGUUCAUUUUGCAAAAUGUUUUUAAGACCCAGAAUGCAUUUAAUACCAACAAGGAACACCAGUAUUUUUAAUAGUGUUGCAUUAUGUGUUGUUUUAUAUUCAAUCACUGCUGUGAAUUGUUUUCUAAAAGAAACCAAUACCAACUAAUUGGUUAUAACAUUAAAAUGUUGACCAUAUCAUAGUAACAACUGAGAAUUCUAAAAGAAAAAAUCACUUUGUGUAUUAUCUAUAAGCAAUGCCAGUUUAUACAGAAUGGUAAUUUACAAUAAUUUCUAUUUGUAAACAUGUAAACAACAACAAAUUGUAAACAAGUAAACAACAAAUUUUAAGCAUGUAAACAAAUUAUAGACAUGUUAAAAUAUUAUAUAAACAACACAUUUUCAACAUGUAAACAACAUAUUGUAAACAUGUAAACACAUAGCAAACAUGUGAACAAUAAAUUCUGUACAAAAUACCAGAUAUUUAGGAGUUGAUUUACAGAUACAGUAUUUUAUUAGAAAUUGUUUAGCAGAAGAAUUUGUUAUUUUGAGUUUGGUAAAAUGUGUGCUAUCUAUCUACAAUAUAUAAAUAUAUAAAUAUAAAUAUAUAAAAAUUUAUUACGAUUAUUCAAGAAAUGUAUAAAGAGACUGUUAUGUGCAACAAUGGGGUAUUGGUAAUUAAAUAUAUGUUUGGGAUUUAUUUGGAUCAAUGACAAGAAUUUUGUACUUUUGGUGACAAAUUUGUGAACAUUUACCGGACAAAUUGCAGUUACUCUAUAACAGGGUAGGUUUAAAAAUAUUGGAACAACAUUUGAUAUGUUGGUAAAUUUAUUCACAAAUGACUAGAUUUCUUUGUUAUACUGUUUCCAUCUUGUAUAAAAUUAAUGUAUAUAAGUGAAGUGUCAAUCAUUAAAUCAUCUUUUACAUGCACAAUGUUUGUCUUUCAGUUGUAACAAUCAUCAGCAAGUAACAUAGGAUGAUAUAGGAGUGAAAUUCAAAAAUAUUUCAACUCAAAUAUAAAAUAUAAAUUAUGUAGCUAAGCACAUAUUUGUUGAUUUGAUGCUGCUACAAUAUGGUUUAAUAUUGUCUUGUGGGAGCGUAGUGGGGGGGGGGGGUGAAAGGUGGAGUGAUUUUCCCCAUAUAAGAUAAUUGUAGGCUUUGAGGUAUUUUCUAGAUGUAAUAACAUAAAUGUACUAUUUCUCUUAUACUUCUUGUUAUAAUUUAUGUUUUUAAGUGUAAAUAAAUGCAACUGUACAUACGAAAAA